AAAUUCCCCUGAACGGUAUAGAUAUACAGCUACGCUGUAAAAAAAAAAAAAAGAAGAAGAAAGAGACAGAAAAAAAGAGAGACAGAGAGAAUUUGAGUACCAUGCACUAUUCUAUAAAUUUCUUGCUCCACAACACCACACACUUUCUCAGUUUGGCAGGCAAACAAAAAGGUCACGCCAGUUUAACAAACUUUCACACAAAUGAACGCAACGCAAUAAAAAAGAAGAAAAAGAAGAUGUAACAUAAUAUGCACCAGGCAAAGAGAUACGCAAGACGUGCUUCUGAAGGUCGGAGAACGAUGUACUUGAGUUCAAUUUCCGUUUGGCGCGCAAUUUUAAGAAAAAGUCGCGACAUUACGGGACGGCCAUUUCCCGCCACAUCUGUCACAACUCACAUCUGGUAUAUAGUAUAAGAACCACUAAUUUAUGAGUUAAUAAUCAGUGCAGCGAAAUAGAGAGUUUUUUGCGAUUAUCUUUCGAACAGCAGGUGUCCCAUUUCCAGGAGCAAGUUUCAUUAAGCAUGACACGCAAAGCUAGUGCUCAGCCUUACAAGUAGGAACCGGUUUUUUUAGGCUGUUCAUGCACUGCUGCUUGGCGUUCUGGGAAGAGGACAGCACUGACGAGUCCCUUGGCGCGCAAAGCCGACAGUCAAUCACGACGGCACUCUCUCGUCAUUGCCUAUAUCCGUCGCGCAAUCGCGUUGGACGCAGUCGUCGCCGUCUGCUGAAGAGGUGGCUCGACCCAGUGCCCCGCAGAUUCCCCCGUAUCGAAACAAGACCAGCAGUGCACGAGGUGCCCCUUCGCAAGGAGACGCGCCGGUGCGCGCACCUCGGGAGGAGCGCAUGCGCCCGCGGUCCAGCGCCGCGCCGCGGGCCCCGGCGAACGCGCGCGCCGAGCCGUGGUCGGACGCGGCAGCGUCGCGGCGCUCUCGAGCGGCGAAGCCACGCGAGGAGGCGGUGGCGGCGGCGGCGCCCAGCGUUGAGACGACGACGACGACGCGACCAGGCCGCCCAACGCGGGGCCGAUGAGCGGCGGCGGCUCGAGCCCGGGGCCCUGCUCUGGAGCCGGGCCCCCCGCGCUGCUGCUUGCACCCUCACCCGCCGCUGCGGCGAAGAAGACGGAGGCGGCGGCGGCACCUGUUGUCGCCGCUGCCGGCCACUGCCGCCGGCUGCUGCUGCUGUGCUGACGCCGCGCUCACGCGCCGCCGCGGCCGCCUGUUGCUUCUCGGCGGCGGCGGCAGCUGGAGGAGGCCUCGCCCGGCAGGCCCACCGCUCGCGGCGCACGACGACGCGGACCAUGCGCCCCGGCAACGGAGGGCUGACCCCGCUGCAGCUGGGCUUCUGCGCCAACCUGCUAUGGAUCGCCGUGCUGCUCACCACGCCGCAAAACUCCGAACAAGGCGCGCACGAGCGGCGGCUUCUGCAGGACCUGCUGGCCAACUACAACACCCUAGAGCGGCCCGUGCUCAACGAGUCGGAGCCGCUCAUCCUCAGUUUCGGGCUCACACUGCAGCAGAUCAUAGACGUCGACGAAAAGAAUCAACUAAUUAUUACAAAUAUCUGGUUAACAUUGGAUUGGAUAGACGUGAACCUACGCUGGAACCCAAAAGAGUACGGCGGAGUGCAGGAACUGCGUAUUCCGCCGAGCAAAAUCUGGAAGCCGGAUGUGCUCAUGUACAACAGUGCGGACGAAAAGUUCGACGGCACGUACCCGACUAACGUGGUGGUGCGGAGCAACGGCAGUUGCAACUACAUCCCUCCGGGCAUAUUCAAGAGCACGUGCAAGAUAGACAUAACGUGGUUUCCCUUCGACGAUCAGAAGUGUGACCUGAAGUUCGGCUCCUGGACUUACCACGGCCAUCAGCUGGACCUGCGCGUCAACAGCGAGGAAGGCGGGGAUUUGUCCACCUACAUCCCCAAUGGCGAGUGGGACCUGAUAGGCGUGCCGGGAGUGCGGAACGUUCGCGAGUAUUCGUGCUGUCCGGAGCCGUACAUCGACAUCACGUACACCAUCCACAUACGGCGGCGCACGCUUUACUACGGCUUCAACCUCAUCAUUCCCUGCGUGCUCAUCUCGUCCAUGACUCUGCUCGGUUUCACGCUGCCCCCCGACACCGGCGAGAGGCUCACCCUGGGUGUAACCAUUUUGCUGUCCCUGACGGUAUUCAUGCUCCAGCUCGCCGAGACCAUGCCUCCGACGUCCGACGCCGUCUCCAUUAUAGGAACUUAUUUCGCCUGCAUCAUGAUCAUGGUCGCCUUUUCCGUGGUCAUGACUGUGGUGGUUCUGAACUAUCAUCACAGAAAUCAAGAGACGACCGAAAUGCCUGCUGUGAUUCGCACGGUAUUCCUCGUGUGGCUCCCCUGGCUUCUGCGGAUGGAGCCUCCAGGCCAGAAGCUGAACCGACGCAACAUCUUCCUGAACAGCAGGAUGAAAGAGCUCGAGCUUAAGGAGCGCUCGUCGCGGAGUUUGCUGGCCAACGUGCUGGACAUCGACGACGACUUCCGCACUGCCAACAGCGCCGCCGCCAGCGACUGCCACGCGGCUCGCACCCCUUUCCUCGGAGGCGCGGGCGGCGGGGCGUCCACGGUGCACGCCUGCGUCCACUCGUCGCGAGAACUGAACUUGAUCUUGCGUGAGCUGCGCUUCAUCACGAGCCGCAUGCGUAAGGACGAGCAAGAGCGGGAGGUCGUUGGCGAGUGGAAGUUCGCGGCCAUGGUCGUCGACCGCGUCUGCCUCAUCAUCUUCUCCGCGUUCACCAUCAUCUCCACCUGCGCCUGCCUCUUCUCGGCGCCUCAUCUGGUCGCCUAGCGCACCCUGCUUCUAGGACAGCACUACUACAACGCUGCUGCUACCUACCGCCGCAGCUCCCUCCGCCGGUGGCCGGUUGCACCGGUAUUCCUCUCGGCAAGUCUCUUCCUUCUGCACGAGCCCCCGGGUUUGGCGCGCAGGGGGAAGGACCUCUCGUGAAGAUAACAGCUCACAGCUUCGUCGCAGCCUUUCCAACAUAAGUUCCCUUUUAGAAAGACCUGCUAUAAGGUCCGGUCGACGUCCCCACGCCAUCGUGUGUGAAGAGGCGCAGCGCGAGAUUUGUGUGACGCGAUGACCUCUCGUACCACGCGACAUAUCCUUGUUGGGAAGAAGGACACGUCGAAGCGAAGGAGCUGUCGCUGGUUUUAGUUUCAAUCUUAGGGACAACUAUGAGUCGCCACCGGGGCGAAAGCAUUGAAACAUCUCGGAGGAACUGGUAGCACCGUCCGAAGCUGGUGCCUUGGAUUUCACUUCAUCCCUAGGAUAGAACACUGUGCAGGGCUGCCAAACUGCUUCGAAGGUCAAGUAGACGCACUAUCUCGCAACGGAACCACAACAAGAAGGGAUUAACGCACGAAUCUAUCCUGUCAUGCUCUCUUUCCUAUAGGAACGUCAGAUUUGGGGCAGGUGUGUCUAAACAUGACACUGUAUGCCUGUCCGCCGUCAUAGAUCGGCUGGCCGGAGUAUGAAUAACCCACGCCUACCACCCCGGCUUCCAAUAAAUUCCCCCCUUUCUUUUCGUCGGUGAAUGGUGCCGUAAGAGUAAAAAAAAAAAAGGUUGACAACUGCGCGUGUUUGGCUGCAUAAACUUGUGUGACCGCGUACAUACCAAAACAGAGACUAUCGUAGGACGGUGUAUUGUUUUUACAGUGUUCGUUGGCUUGUUGUGCUGUUUGAAGAUGACGCUUUCAAAUGUCAAAGAUGGACUUCUCUAAUCAUAGACCAAUUGUUCCGUGUCUAGUCCCCUCACAGCGUGUACAGCAUCACUCCAUUCGAGGGCCCGUAUGGGCAUCGCCAAACGGAGGCUUGCGGCUUAUACCUUUGGCUGUGCUUUCACCGUCUGCAAUGGGCCCACGCCAGCGAUUGGCUAAGGCAUUGUAUUACCACGCUGUGGACCCUCACUGUGGACGUUUCGGUGCUUUGCAAAACCGCUCUUCGGUGAUCGCAAGCAAGACAUGAGCUUUUGCUUCUAAAAGCGUGAAACAAGCUCGAAAGCUGGACGCAUAGGCUAAAUGUUGAAGCAACCGCGCGGCCGUCAAAUGGCCGAAAUGUGAAAAGAAUUGUCAGCUUUCCUGCGCCGUGUAGGUUUUCAAACUACACGUGUUUUUAUCAUCCACCUCGACAGUUGGUGUUGUCUUGUUAACCAUUUAGGCACUUAGGAUAAGAAUAACUUGCUUACAUUUUACUGAGGAAGACUGGGUGCAUCAAAAAUCAAUUCUUCCCGUGAACUUCUUGGCUGGCUUCAAAUGAAACGAUAUCCUUAUUGAGUGCACUAACUUGGUAGGUCGUAUAAUACGUCUGCACUGAUUCUAAUGGCACGCUCAGUUGUGGCUGCCCUUACUCUGACGAAUUAUUCAGUGGCAUGCUGGAAACAUCACUGUGCGUAAUUUGUUUUGCUUUUUUUGCGCAUAUCUUUGACUUUUUUCUUUCACCUUCUGACGUGGGAAACGGUUGAACUUUUCACUGACCUAAUCACAGAACUAGCCGUCAUAAUACAGUUCGACGUGGCUUUAUAUAUAAGCACUCUUUAUUUUAUGUAAUAAUAAAGGAACCAAUAUUUAUGAGCUUCAACAAUA